UGAAGAGCAAUUCUUCUUUGCUUCUUCGUUUGAAGCCCCAACAUCGACGUUUUUCUCCAUCGAGGACGAAGAACUACAGCGCGAUGUCAUGGUUCUCAAGGUCCUUCGCGAGCUCUCUCAUGGCUUCUGACGAUGAUGAAAGCACCAGUCAAACCCUAGAUGAUGAUCGGGGACCCGUGGAUCCUGGAUCCCCCACUCGUGGCGUUAAGGAUGAUUUCUCGGAGCUCACCAAGACCAUUAGCCGCCAGUUCUGGGGUGUUGCCUCGUUCUUGGCUCCUCCCCCGUCUACGUCGAACCCCCGCCCAGAUCCGGCCGAGCAUGUUGAAUCGGAGCCCUUGGAGGCAGUGGAAUCGCCGCGGAUUGCUGGGAUCCGGAGUGAUUUCGCAGAGAUUGGUGGGAGGUUUCGGAGCGGGAUCUCCAAGCUGUCCAGCAACAAGACGGUCACUGAGAUCUCUAAGAUCGCGUCAACGUUCCUCCCGUUCGGUGCGGAAGAGGAGGAGGAUGAGGAAGGGGAGGAUGAUGGUGGCGGUGCCAUUGGGGUCACUGACGAAGUCCUGGUGUUCGCGAGGAAUAUAUCAAUGCAUCCAGAGACGUGGCUGGAUUUUCCAUUGUUUGUCUAUGAUGAAGAAUCCGAUGAUUUCAACAUGUCGAAUGCCCAGCAAGAGCAUGCCUUGGCUGUUGAACAUCUUGAACCAAGACUGGCUGCUUUGAGGAUUGAGCUUUGCCCAAGUCAUAUGAGUGAAGGAUGCUUUUGGAAGAUCUAUUUUGUUCUUUUGCAUUCUAGACUCAACAAGCAUGAUGCUGAGCUUUUGUCAACACCUCAGAUUGUCGAAGCCCGAGCGAAGUGGUUGCAAGAAUUGCAAAAUCUGGCAAAGCCAGAAUCAGCUCGAUUGAAGGAAGAUUUACUUUCUAGGGAAGAGAUUGUUGUCACGAUUUCACCUAAGGAGCAAGCAAACAUUCUGAACAACGAAGAACCUCAGUCUUCCAAAAUUGGAAAAGUCAUAAGCAUACCAAUAACUGACAUUGAGACUGAAAAACACCCUGUUGAGAUCACUGAGAUAGAAGUUGUUGACAAGUCUGUAAUUGAAGUUGAACCACCAACCCAGCUUAAGCAUAAAGAUCAUGCUGGCACUACAUCAGAGAUCACCAUUCAAAAGUUUGAUGAAGAUGUUGAUGAAUGGCUGGAAGAAGACACCGAGGACAUGGGAACCUCAAUUGCCCCUACUAUUCCCAUAGGAAAUGAAGAAGAUGUAUCAUUUAGUGAUCUUGAGGAUGUUGAUGACCCGAAAGCACCUUGAUGCUGCCAACUAGCUUAAUCAAUUUGUUUUACUGUCGGUAUUAAGAUAAGUGACCAUUGUGCCGUAGAUGAUGAACGAAAAAUCUGAGAGGCGGCAGGCCUUAAGUAAUCUGCAGAAGGGGUUUGAUGAGGAGCUGAUGUCCAGAAGUUUCGCACUAUUUGUUUGAAUUUCUGAUGCUGUAAUGCCAUGUCAAUGUCCUGAAUAAGUUCUGUUUACAAAAACUUAUGAUCAUGGUCUCUGUAUAUAUAAGGCCGUCGUGUCGUUGAUGUGCUCUUGCUGUUAAACUUUUACUUUUCCAAAGUAACGGAUUCAUUCUUAGUACAA